AUGUUGGCCGGAGAAGAGACAAUAGAUGCGUUUCAUCAUCAGAAACAAAUCAAGUACACUAGAAGUUGCAGUUUAAAGAUUCCCAAGAGAUCCGAAUUGUUGCAUCCAAUCAGAUAUCUCAAACGUUUCAGUGGAAGUAUGAUGGAGGCUUUGCGAACCAUCACUCCGGGGAGAUGCCGGAAAGUUGCGUCAUCUUCUUCUUCUUCAUCGGAAAGUGGAUUAAAGGGAAGCUGUACAGCAGCAGCAGCUAUAUAUAUAGGGCAGCAUGGAAUAAUUGGUUCUGAUCACAGAGCUGAAGCCAUAGAUGAUUGCAUCCAGUUCAUCAACUCUUCCUUGUCCUUGUCUAGAUCAAAUUCCAUUUCAGCUUGUUAA